AUGUCAACAGCAACAAGAUUAUUAAAACCAAUUCGCCUUUACUUUACUACAUAUCCUAGAGCAAUUAGAAGUGCCGAGGAAGCAAAAACUGUGUUUUCGUUUUUUAACAGUAAGGGUCAAUUAACAGAGUUUAAACUUUUUAGGACUUCUGAACAAGAUAACAAAAGAAUAUCUAGUUUUGGAUGGAUCAGUUACAAAGACAGCGGAAUUGCCAAAGAUUUGGCACAAGAAGGAAUUUUUAGUCUACCAGAGCCAUUAAAAUGUGAUAUAAAGGUUAAUGAAUCAGUUAAAGAGGGUAUUGAAAUUAUCUUUCAUCUCAAUAACCAGGAUAAGUUGAAUGAAAGGCAACCAAGAUUUCGUGGAUUUUUUAUUCAAGAUGUGGAGCAAAAAUUAGAAAAGAAAUUAGAUUCUCCUGUGAUAGAACCCGAACAAACUAGUGAGACGAUAGGUUCUGUUAGUAUCAAUGAUACAUUGAAUCUUGACACUGAAGAGAUCCAAAAAAAAUUCCAAAGCGUUGAUAAGUCAGAGAUUUCAAUUGAAUCAGCAUGA